AUGGCCGACUUCUUCACGCCAGCCCCCGCACCUCCCACGGAGCUCGGUCGCUACAGGAUCCUGUCUUCGACCGCAGGUGUGCGAGUUUCCCCGUUGCAGCUCGGCGCCAUGAGCAUUGGCGAAGCAUGGAAGGACUUCAUGGGGAGCAUGAACAAGGAGCAAUCUUUCAAAUUGCUGGAUGCGUAUUUUGAGGCGGGCGGGAAUUUCAUCGACACGGCGAACAACUACCAAAGCGAAGAGUCGGAAAAGUGGAUUGGAGAAUGGAUGGAAAGCCGCGGCAACCGAGACCAGAUCGUGAUUGCGACCAAGUACACCACGCCAUACCGCAACUACGAGAUCGGACCCCGACAACCCAAGGGAGCGCCGCAGACGGUCAACUACAGCGGCAACUCGAGGAGGAGUCUCCACGUCAGCGUGCGAGACUCGCUGAAGAAGCUACGCACCGACUACAUCGACCUCCUGUACCUGCACUGGUGGGACCACACCACGUCGAUCGAGGAGAUCAUGGACUCGCUGGACGUGCUGGUCAAGCAGGGCAAAGUGCUGUACCUGGGCAUCUCGGACAGCCCGGCGUGGGUGGUCAGCGCGGCCAACGAGUACGCGCGGGCGCACGCCAAAACCCCCUUCAGCGUCUACCAGGGCCGGUGGAACGUGAUGCUGCGCGACUUCGAGCGCGACAUCAUCCCUAUGGCCCGCCACUACGGCAUGGCCCUGGCCCCGUGGGACGUCCUGGGCGGCGGCAAGUUCCAGACCAAAAAGGCCCUCGAGGAGCGCCGCCAGCAAGGCGAAGGCCUGCGUGCCAUCCGCAACGCCGGCGAGCAGUCCGACGUCGAGGCCAAAGUCAGCGAGGCCCUCGAAAAGGUCGCCGCCGAGCUGGACGGCGACUACUCCAUCACCGCCGUUGCCUUGGCCUACGUGUUCAGCAAGACCACCAAUGUCUUCCCCAUCGUCGGUGGUCGAAAGGUCGAGCAUCUCAAGGACAACAUCAAGGCCCUGAGCAUCAAGCUCACCGACAAGCAGAUCCAGCAGCUGGAAAGUGUCGUGCCUUUUGAGCCUGGCUUCCCUAGCAACAUGAUUGGUCCGGACCCUAAGGUCACUGGUCAGACUACCGGGCUGUUGGCUACAAGUGCACAGCUUGCUUUUGAACUGCCUCCUAAACCAACUGGCCACGAAUAA